AUGUUGGUCGAAGAAGUUCCAAAAUCAACCAAUGCCAAGACAUCAACCAUUUAUUUCAGCUCAUCAAUUAAUCUAACUGCUCGACUGUUGGGUAAAUCCUCCAAUACUGGUGAAUCGAUUUCAAGUUCUAACAAGGGAAGAGCUAAAGUCAAUUAUAAUUUAACUCAAUUAAUGAAUGCUCAAACCCAAUCCAAUGAACCAUCAAACACAGGACCUUUAAAAUCAUCACAACAAAUUCAAUUAGAAAGAUUAGUUUUAAAAAGACUUGUUGAAUUAAAUCAAGAAACAUCAAUUAAAGGAUUUGAAUUACCGAAAAAUUUUGUUUAUACUGGUAUUCAUUCCACUGGUGGUGGAGAUAAUACUAUAACAUCACAUAAAUCAAGAUUAGGUAAUACUCCAACGACAAAGAAAAUAUUGGCAGCAAGAAGAAAUUUGAAUCUGUAUUUUGAAGAAGAACGAAAUUUGAUUUCUGUUAAUACUAUACUUGGAAUAAAUUAUCAAUUUGUUGAUUUCACCGAUAUUAAUGAUAAAUCGAUUAGUACCACUACUAAUAAACGAAGAAAAUUGGAAAAUGUUAAACCGAAAAUUAGACUUUGUUGUAUUUGUGGUAAUAAAUCAAAUUAUCUGAGAUGUUCAUCUUGUGGACUUUAUUAUUGUAGUGUGAAAUGUAAUAAUUUACAUCAAGAACUGAGAUGUGCAUAA